UUUUAUAUACAAUUAGUAGUUAACAGUUUUGGCACUGAAUCCCAUGUUUUGUUUUGUUGACUAAACGUCUCAUACAUUCAAGUGAUAUAUAAACGACAGGCGAAACAAAACUUGUAUUUAUUUAUCAUUUUCUCUAUCGAUAAGUGAAUUGAGAGACAGAAAAAACAAGUGUUGAAAAUACAGUAUAUUUGACAACAAAACUCAUUGAUUGUCUUCCUCUGCAUUUGCAAACUCAAGGCUCACAUCAUUUACUGUCGCCUAAGAAGUAGUGGUGCGAAGAGGAAGAAGCGGUUGCCAUCCACACGAUGUCAUUGACGCCAUCGAUCUACGGAUCGCUGACGAGGUACGGCUCCACUGCCAUCACAUGGCUGUUGUGUCUCUCGUUGGACAUGAUAUUAAUGGUGCCAUUGUUUCUGAAAUUAAGGAAAUUAUUCAAAGUGUGGAAUGAAAGGGCGGAACUGCCCAACAAACAGCUGGUCCGGUCACUGCCGUACGUGUUUCACGACCUCGACGUCUAUCCGUCCCGUUCGCAGGUCUAUGAGAUGAUCCAUUGCGCCAACGAUUGCUCCCGAAGACUGAACGGCGAUUACUUAACGUUCGGCGAGUUCUGUGUCUACGCCUCCGAACUGAAGACCAACUACGAGGAGAAGACGGCCACUCCGUUACCGCUGUCUAAGUGUGGUAUUCCUGAACACAGGAAAGUGACUCUCAAUCAACAAACUAAGGACUCAAUCAAUAAGACAUCCGAACCCAAGUUUGAAGUCUUUUUGGGCGGUUCUUGUAAUCCAACGACUUGGAGGACAGACAUUGCUAUACCUAUUCUUAAGAGUUUAGGCAUUACUUACUAUAAUCCGCAAGUGGCCAUUUGGCGCCCAGAGCUCAUUGAGUUAGAGUGGAGUGCAAAACAGAAUGCCGAAGUAUUAUUCAUUGUAAUCGAUAACCAGACCCGAGCUAUCGUCUCGAUGAUUGAGGCGGCCUUCAUGUGUGGUUCUCAACGCAACUUAAUUCUAGUAUUCACAGAGACGGCGGGUCCCGGAGCCUUCAUCCACGGCGAAGCCAUCUCACAAAACGAGUAUCGAGACCUGAAACAAAGUCAGUCAUACCUUCAGGACAUUGUGGAACGCCAUGGGAUACCCAUCUUUGAUCAGAUGCCGGUCGCCCUGUCGUGUGUCCACCGUAUACUCCGCGAAGGCAUCCGCCCUCAAGACCUGUCACGCGAGGACAACGCGAUGCCCGUCCGUAUGGCUCACAUCCAAUUGGGCGACAAAUUGAUUCGUUUGCGCGAAGCGUUUGAUUCGCUGGACAGCGACAAAACAGGAGAAAUCAGUUUAACUGAUCUCCGGCUGGCCUUUCGUAUGCUAACCGGUCGGGAGUUGACGAACAAUAAUCUCCGACAGAUAGCCAUCGGACGCAUGGAUUCCUUAGUCAUGGACUGCGACUCGGAGUUCAAGACUAUUAAUUUGGACGAAACAGUCAUCAACUUUGAGGAGUUCUGUUGUAUUGUCACAGAAUUCAAGUCUCAAAUCACCACAAAUGAAAAGUUUGCUCAACUCUUGGCUAAAAAGCUGGUGUCUAUUGUUGAGCCGAUUCAGAGAUUGCUGGCCUGGCUCUGGCAACCCGUCCGAAACGCGUUCAACUGUCCUCCCGAGGCGGCAGCUAUUGAAAGAAGUCGUGUCUUACUCUUCACUAUCACAGGCACUACUCGAGGUCUUUCUGCUAUGAUUUUGGCUGGACAUUACGUCGCGAUGGGAUGUAAUGUUGUUCUCUGUAUUCAGAACUUAGAAGACGAUUGUGUUAUCGAUGGAGAAAAAUUGACGCCAACGGCCGUCAAAGACUAUAACAGAGGCCGCGCUUAUCUGUCAGACAUGACUACACGUAUGGGUCUUCCAGUUUUCGAUGAUAUACGAGAAGCGGUCGAAAUUUGGGCUAAAUUUUUAAGAAUGAGUGUUAAGAAUGAAAUGAGUACUCAAAACAAGAGUCAAUUGUCGCUAUCGAGUAUGGAUUCGGUGCCAGAAUUGUCAUCCGAUGGAAGCGACGGUUCAAACGAUUGGGCGAACAGACAGUUCAUCGAAACGCUCACAACUGGUAUUCAGAAGAUUACAAAUUUCUUAAAUAAAUUCGACAAGACAUGCAAAGAGAAGUUGUCUUCACUGAACCAAAGGCUCACCACAACUGAGAAGACGGUCACGUAUUUAGAGACUUAUUACUCGAAUCCACAAAGUAUUGAGAGAUUACGAGAGUCUCAGAAACAACACGAGGUUUGA